AUGAAUUCUGACUCCAGCUCUGUCUCCAGCAGAGCUUCCUCUCCAGACAUGGAUGAGAUGUACCUGAGAGACCACCACCACCACCACCACCAUCACCACCACCAAGACAGCCGGCUCAACUCCGUCUCCUCCACCCAGAACGACCUGGUGCAGAAGAUGUCCGGGGAAGGCCUCUCCAGGAACGGCUCCAAGGCCGGAGGGGAAGGCAGCAAGUACAAAAUCAAGAAGCAGCUCUCGGAGCAGGACCUGCAGCAGCUGCGGCUGAAGAUCAACGGCCGGGAGCGUAAGAGGAUGCACGACCUCAACCUCGCCAUGGACGGGCUGCGGGAGGUGAUGCCCUACGCCCACGGACCUUCCGUGAGAAAACUCUCCAAAAUCGCCACCCUCCUGCUGGCCAGAAACUAUAUCCUGAUGCUCACCAGCUCCCUGGAGGAGAUGAAGAGGCUGGUGGGGGAAAUCUACGGGGGGCACCACUCGGCCUUUCACUGCGGCACGGUGGGACACUCCGCCGGGCACCCGCCCCACGCCGCCGGCACCGUGCACCAGGUGCACCCCAUCCUCGGCAGUGCCUUGUCCUCCGCCAACACCUCCUCCUCCCUCUCCGCCUCCCUGCCGGCCAUCGGCACCAUCCGGCCCCCCCACUCCCUGCUCAAGACCCCCUCGACCCCCCCCGCCCUACAGCUCGGCAGCGGCUUCCAGCACUGGGCGGGCUUGCCGUGCCCCUGCACCAUCUGCCAGAUGCCCCCCCCGCCCCACCUCUCGGCCCUCACCGCCUCCAACAUGGCCAGGAUCUCGGGGGAGACCAAGGACCUGCUGAAGUGA